AAUAUAAAACAAAAAAAAUGUAUAAAAUUAUUUGUUAAUACACAGCCAUUAGAUUUGGUUUCCCCGGGUUUUUCCCCACAAUUUCCAUCGAUCCGGCGUUAAUCAUGACGCCGACCAAUGUGAUCCUGCUGCAGUUCAGCAUUAAUUGCUUCAAGAUAAUCUUCAUCUACUGCAUCUGUGUGCAUGUCCUGGAGCAUGUGAUCACCAGGAUCCAGGAGAGAUAAGUUCACGGAAAAUGCAAA